GCCAUGUCUGAUUCUACAUUUUUAAUUGACUUCAUGAUGGGCGGUGUUUCCGCCGCCAUCUCUAAAACUGCAGCAGCUCCUAUUGAAAGAGUUAAACUCUUAAUCCAAAACCAAGAUGAAAUGAUCAAACAAGGUCGUUUGGCCCGUAAGUACGAUGGAAUCAUCGAAUGUUUCAGUAGAACUGCAUCUCAAGAAGGAAUUGGAUCUUUCUGGAGAGGUAACACAGCCAAUGUCAUUAGGUACUUCCCUACUCAGGCAUUGAAUUUUGCCUUUAAAGAUAAAUUCAAGGCUCUUUUCGGAUUUAAAAAGGAUGAAAACUAUUGGAAAUGGUUUGGGGGUAAUUUGGCCUCUGGUGGUCUUGCUGGGGCAACUUCUCUUUUAUUUGUUUAUUCUUUGGACUAUGCUAGAACUAGACUUGCCAAUGAUGCUAAAUCAUCCAAAGGUGACGGUAAGAGAGAAUUCAAUGGGUUAUUUGACGUUUAUAAAAAAACACUUGCUUCUGACGGGAUUGCCGGAUUAUAUAGAGGGUUUCUUCCAUCUGUGGUUGGAAUUGUCGUUUAUCGUGGUUUGUACUUUGGUCUCUAUGAUUCUUUAAAGCCAGUCUUGCUUACGGGUUCUUUAGAAGGAUCAUUCUUAGCUUCCUUCUUGUUGGGUUGGGCAGUUACCACUGGUGCCUCUACUGCUUCUUAUCCCUUGGAUUCCGUUCGUAGAAGAAUGAUGAUGACUUCGGGUCAAGCUGUUAAAUAUAAAGGUGCACUCGAUUGUUUUACAAAGGUUGUUGCAACUGAAGGAAUUGGUUCUUUAUUCAAAGGUUGUGGUGCAAACAUCUUAAGAGGGGUUGCUAGUGCUGGUGUCAUUUCCAUGUAUGAUCAAUUCCAAAUGAUUAUGUUUGGUAAGAAGUUCAAGUAA